UAUCCCGCCACACCUUCUUUCCUUUUUCCUUUGCUUCCUUUACUUUUGUUCCUUUUGGUCCCAUUUUUCUUGAAUUUGAGAUCUCUAUUUAAUACCAUAUAACCAUCAAAAAUUUGUCCUCAAGCAUCAUCGAUCAUUAAGGUCUCACAAUGAAGUUCUUUCAAUCUUCAUCUUCUGAAACCCAAUUAUCGGAUGUCAACUGUAUCGCCCAAUACUGUCUUCCAAGAGUUUUACGCUGCUUGCCUUGCUUCAAUGGUCAUGCCACACACCAACGUAUAAAGGAAUCCACGGAGAUUUGUUAUACUCCGGGUAAUCCUGGGGUUGUGGCAAAGCUAAUGGGAUUAGAUUCUAUUCCUCAAAGGGUCAUCCGUUCGGUUGAUCAUCAAAAAAAGGGCCUUACUUUGAACACUAGAAGCCAACCCAUGAGUAAAACUCCAAUGGUUCUAGAGCUCAAGAAAGGAAAACUCUUGGUUCUUGGUUAUGAGACAGGAUCUAAAGGUAAAGAAGAUUCGAGAUCGAGUUCAAAGAGGAAGUUAUUAGAUGAUGAUGGAUCAAAGAAAAAGAAACUUCUUGUCGAGACAUCAAAUGCAAAGCUUGCUCAUGAGUUGGAGUUUUAUGAUCAAUUGCUUCUUGAAUUAGUAUACAUUUUCUAAAACUUUUUUUUAUACAAAAUUGUAAUUUACUCAGUUACAAUAUCUGGUCUUCCAUUUCAUUGGCUUGGCGUUUUUAAUACAUAUGGGCUGUUUGAAUC